UACGUCUUAAUUUUUCUCUUUCUCCCAACCCGCUUGUGUGACAGCCUCUCCUACCCCUCCUGCGAUUUUCCGGUCGCCUGGGCUCAUGUCCGACCAUCCGGACCUCCUUCUCGUCACCAGUCUGCUCCGACAACUCUCCCUCCCUACUUCUAGUCGGUUAUAGCACAGCAACGAAGAGAAGAGCUGCGUAUUCUCUUCCGAUCGGAAACGGCCUCACCCUCUCAUUCUCUCGAUUUUCCGGCGACUCAAGCGCAACCGGUCGACUCCAACCCCCUUCUCCGAUCGCUACCUUCUCCAUUCUCCGCUGCGCUCUUUUCAGGCCAAGCUUGCUUCGACAGAAUCGGAAUUUGAACAAAGGAGCCGCUGCCGAUCUUCCUAACCGGAAAAUUUCGAUUUCCGACAUAUUUUACAGCUGUGUAAAAGACACAGAAGCUUUUAUAUGAGAAGGUUCACAGUGUGAUAUUGCUCGAUUUCAGCUGCUUUUGGGUUCCAGCCUGACGAUAGCAGUGCAGGAUCCAUCAUUUCCGGAGCCCAAACUGUCUCCAGACUCCCACAAAUUUGAUCCAAGUCUAACAACUUUGCAAUAGCAAAUAGCCUAACUAUCCUCCACAUUGUACAUCCUAUUAUUAUCAGUGUUAUGGACUCCUUGCUAGCUAACUAUGCCUCUUCAGAUGAAGAAGAAGAAAACCAACACCAAAACUCCAUCUCUUACCCUAAAAUAACCUCAUCUGCAUCUCAUUUCUCUUCCCUCCCACAGCCUAAAUCGUCUUUGUUGUUCUCUGCCAUUCCCCAACCUCAACAUCAACUGUCUACAUGUGUAGUGCACCAUGAUAAUCAUGGUAACAAUAAAAACAUUGAGGAAGAUGAAGAUGAUCCAAAACGCUCCUCCAAAUCCUCUUCUCUUUUCUCUUUCCUCCCUCAACCUAAAACCCAAGCCCCACAACAACCAAUCUCAAGUGUCUCAUCCUUGGACCCUACUCCCAAAAGGGUUGUCCAAUUCAAGCCCCCCAUUAAUCUCACUUAUGUAAAACCCUCUGAUUUGGAUGAUGAAGAUGAUGAAGAUGAGGGAGAAAUGGAGAAAAAAUGGCGCAAGGAAUCUGAAGCUUUACCACAAUCUUCAUCUGUAAAGUCAUUCUUGUCCAGCAUUCCUGCCCCCAAGAACUCCUCAACAUUGGGUGUUCUUCCAUCAGCUACAGGAUCUGGAAGGAGAUCCAUCGUUGAAACUAAAACACCUACCUCAAGUUCCGGCAGUUUUGGGGCAGAGAAUGAUCAAACUAUGGGGAAUUAUGGGAGUUACGAUGGUACUUCUUUGAGCUAUGAAUCAGGUCCUGAUAAAAAUGGAGGGAGUAAUUUAAAUUAUGGUAGUUAUGAAUCAGGAAUUAGUCAAGACAUUGGUCAAAAAGUUAACGCCGGGGAUGAUGGAUCUAGUUAUGGGAGUUACGAGAAUUAUACCAGCUAUGGGACUUACAAUGAUUAUCAGCAAUUUGGGAAUACUUGGAGUGAUGAAUUGGCAGCAGCGGUCCCCGAGAGAACAGGACCAAGUGAGAGUGCUUUGAGAGUGCCAGGGAAGAGAGGAAGGAAGGAUAUUGUUACAGAAGUCAUUGAGGUGAAGCAGGAUGAGUUGACAAAGAAUCGGCCAAGGGAGGACCAGGUCAAGUUAACUGGAAUUGCUUUUGGGCCUUCCUAUGAGCCUACUUCUACCAAGGGGAAGCCAUCAAAGCUUCACAAGAGGAAGCAUCAGAUUGGCUCGUUGUACUUCGAUAUGAAGCAGAAAGAGAUGGAACUGACAGAAAGGCGUGCCAAAGGGUUUCUCACGAAAGCUCAAACGCAAGCCAAGUAUGGAUGGUGAUUUUUUUGCUUUUGUUGUAUAGAAUAGCUGAUGCUGUUUUCUAUUUAUUCUUAUAAAGAUGCCCAAAGUUUUUCCUCCUAGUAGUAGGCCAGACAAAUUUUGGUAAUUAUCCUUUUGGUCCCAUAGAUUUCUUUCUAGCCUUCCAUCUAGUCGGAUCCGAUCUUGUACUUUGCUUUUGUUUUAUUUCUCAACAUAUUGUUAUUUUGGUUUGUUGUUUAACUAUAGUUAUUAGAAACGUAAACUUCACAAUUUGAAGCAUGCUAUUUGAUUA